GCCACCUCAAAAUCUAUCUCUCAAGCUCAUACUAAAGCGAGCGCAUCUAUUCUUUCUCUAGAUCCGUAUACAUCUAUCUGGCUAGUCAGCUUGAAUAUAUACUUCUUAUUAUAAACAUUAGUUCAAAGUUCAAACUCAGUUGAUCGAAGAUCGCGAUUUGAUGAAUAUGCUGCCCAACAAGAAGCGUGAGGCUGAUCGUUUUGGUCAGAGAGCAUGGAAGCUGCUGCGUAUCGCAUUGCUAUGGCCAAGAAAGGGCGGCGUCUUGAAACACCACCUCACGAUGCUGAGGGUCGUUCCCAAGUUCCUUAAGAAUCACCUUGGUACAAAUGCAUCAACCAAGUCAAGACCACAAAUCCAUUACUUUGAACGCGAGCUCUCCUUCGACAAGACCCCCCUUUUCAACCUGAAAAUGCAUCGUCCACCAUCCAUGCGCUUUAUCAUUCCUUGCCUUAACCCCCCACUGGUACUGCAAGACGACGACGACCACCUCUUUCAUUCUGAUAAAUAUUAUGAUGAAAAUGGGGGUGAUUCUGAUCUCGAUGAAAAUGGGGGCGAUUCUGAUCUGGCAAUAACAUUGUCAGAAGACUAUAAUGCAGCUCCUUAUUCAUGUGCUAAUUAUGAGGACGAAGCAGUUGAUAGAAAAGCAGAUGAGUUCAUCGCUAAAUUCUAUCAGCAAAUGAAGCUGCAGAGGCAAAUUUCAAACAUACAGUACAAUGACAUGUUAAAUAGAAGCACAAACUAAGCAACUUUCCCUGCAAUAUUUUCACUCCAGCAUCAACUCUAUCGCCCUUCUAGUUUUAUUUCUUUAGGUACAUUUCAUAAUGUUUUGCAACAGGCACUGCUGCAUUUUGUAGACACCGGAGUUCAAAUGACUGAUGUGCUUUCUAUAAACAAAUCAAUUCUUUAAUGUUAAAGCUUCAGAUUUCAGUUUGUUAACGAUACAUUAUGCAACUAACCUAAUAAAAUUAUGAAAAUGGGACCAAAAUGAAU